AGCGAAGAUGGAUGAUGUGCUCCAGAGCUCUUCUGGGGAACAGACUGGUCAACUGACCAUUGAAAAAGUCACCUUGGGACAGGACCCACCUUACAUGGAAAUAAAGACAAAGGCUGAGAAUGCAUACAGCACUUCUGUGAAGGAGAACAUUCCACCCUCCGAGUGGUCUUCUCAUCAGGAGCUGCAGACCAACCCAGCAAAAGAGGAGGGAUUUGGCUUAAGUUUGCCGUUGGGGGAAGAGUAUGAGAGGAAGAAGCAGAGGUUACAGGAGGAGCUGCGUCAAGACUACAGGCGCUAUAUGGCUCAGGAAAGGCUAAGAAAUGGAAGGAAAAAUGAGUGUAAGGUUCUUCAUAAAGGGCAAAAUGGAGAGAAAAAGAUGCAGAACAUGACAGAUGUGUCACAGCAGGCCAAAGUCGUUGCCGACGGACCUCGUAUCUGGGCGAAACCCAGUGAGAAACCCCAGUCCAGGAGGGAUGCUGCCACUCUAACAGAGAGCGGGUGGGAGACACCAUCGUACCAGCGGCGUGGCCGGAGAGAGCGGAGGUCCUGGGCACUCCGUGAGGAGCGUGACUCGGAGCCAGGUUCCUCAGAGGAAGAGCUGCACCUCCUGGCCAGGAGGCAAUUGCGAGCAAGGCACGAGCGCAGACACGCAGAGAGGAGGAGGCAUCGGCUGUCCUACAGACCCACCAGGAGAGAAAGAGCGUCCAGUGCCGAUUAUGAAGAAGACUACAGGGAGACGAACCGGAAGUCGCUUUCAGUUUCGCCAAAACCCACGCUGCAGGAACCAGAGCCAACAAUGUCCAGCCAGAGAUCCAAGUCCGCAGCCAGUAAGGAUGAGGCUCGAUUUGCCACCGGACUAAUGAUUGGAGGCGCUGCCGAGGAUCACCUGGUCAGACAGCAGAGGAAAGACCGAUACAGACAGGAGCUGCUGGAUCAAAUAGCCGAGCAGCGGAGGAACAAGAGGAGGGAAAAAGAGCUGGGACUCAUGGUUGCCGCCACAGGAGCGGUUGAUCCAGAUAAACUGCCCGACCGCAUCAGACAGUUUAGCGCUGUCACUCAAGACCACAAUGGCAGCAAAAGAGAGGUUCCAAGCAGGAUGGGUGUCGACACACUACACGGUGCCAAGGAAAAGCCCCUGCCAGUCAUGGACGAGCAGUCUCCACCGGAGAGACCUUCUGCAGCCUUCCAAUCUCCCGUGCUGGACAACAGCAUUACUCUGCCGCCAGUAGCUGGACGCAGGGCUGCGGGACCUGCGGGGGGUGGUCUUAGUGGUCACAAUGAAGACAUCCAUAAAAGCCUUUCCAGCACUUUAGGUGAAAUCGUAGCCCUAAGAAUGCCAGCUAUGCCAGCUGUCCCCCCUCCUGUGCUGCCCAUGCUGGCCGACUCCUACAGGACCCCUUACGAUAACGCCUACUACUACUAUGGAGCCAGGAAUCCUCUAGCCCCUGCUUUGGUUCCCAGUCUGCACCAUGGUGAGCUACCAGGAAGUGGAGAGUAUCCCACGACUCAAGUGAACCCUCUGCCCGGAUUGUUUCCGCCCACCCAACAGGGUCGCUCAGGACCCCAAGUACAAGUGACCGGUGAGGCUGAUCCUGUACCAGGUGGAAUGGGAACAGGAGCCUUUCCAGGAAUGACAGCCCAGAAGUCAAACUACCAAGAAGCCCUCAAACAACAGAUCCGAGAGCGGGAGGAGCUCCGUAAGCAGGAGGAGGAUGAGAGACAGAACCACGAGGCCAAGCUAGCCAGGGAUAUGGAGGCCUACAAUCCCUGGGGCAGAGGAGGCGGUGGUGCACCUCUGAGAGACAGCCAGGGCAACCUCGUUGCUGACCUGAAACAGAUGCACAAGUUCAAUAAGGAAGCAUAUCUGAACCUCAACUCUCAGGACAAGCAAACAGUUCUUCUUGCCGCCAGGACCAUCUCGACCCCUGAGGCGGAGGACCAGCCCACCUCGCCCCAAAGGACCUCAGGUGUCUCUUUUGCCCAAACCUCGCCCUUUGCCCGGGGCAAUGUUUUUCCGGAACUGAGUGAACGGCAAAAAGUUCACGGCCAAGAAAAGUACAAAGAUGAUCUCCGAAAGCAGAUCGAGGAGAAGCGUCGAAAGGAGGCAGAGGAGCGCGAGCGGCUCCGGAUGCAAGAGGAGAAGGAGGAGAAGAGGGUCGCAGAGGAGCUAGCAAAGAUGAGAAGGGAGUAUGAGGAGGAGCAGGAGAAGAGGAGACGCAAAGAGAGGGAGAUGAUGCGGCAGGCGGAGGAGUGGCGCAAGCAGCGUGAGGAGGAGAAGAAGAAGCGCGAGGAGGAGGAGGAAGAGGAUAAGCGUCACAGAGAGAAACGCAGCGAGUUGCCUCAUUCCGAUCCCCAAGCGAGGAAGGACACGGACGCUCGGCACACAUCGAGACCGCCUUCUGCAGGCGGUCGCUGCGCCCCAUCAGCUGCGUCUGCGAGUUCUCGCUGGGUGUCUGGGGAAAAUGCCGAAAAUGAGAGCGAGAAACACGAGGAGGGGUGGCGCAAAGCGGAAGAGGAGAAAAGCAAGAAGGAGAAGCGUCACAGAGAGCUGCUGAGGUUUCAGUCCAAGAGGGACAGACAGGUCUGGGUGGAGGAGAAGCGCAGAGAGUCGUCUCCUCCCGUCCCCGCAUUGAGGAAGAAACUGUCCACUAGGCACACAACCCGUCCACCUUCAGCCGAGAGCCACCGUGCCCCAUCGGCUCUGUCGAAGAGCUCAGGAUGUGCACCGCAAUCCCCGCAGGAACCAUCCGGUAGGAAUCCACCGAAAUCCACAGAGGAACGCGGGGGUGUGAUCGGCGAGCUGUCAGUCCUGCGCAGGCUGUUACGUGAUAAACAGAGACAGCUUGAGGAGGAGCUGCUGCAGACAAAGGUGGAGGAAGGUGACGCGUCUAAUGCCAUAAGUGCCCCCAGGCACAAGAAACAUCACCCUAUGGAUGUGUUUCACAUAAGCCGGCCAGUCGCUGUCAGGCGAACCCCCCAGAAAGCUGCGGAGGCAACUAACCUGCAAAAUAUCCUCGAUUUCAACAAGCUCAAGUACAGAGAUACUGAAUCGCGAGAAGAAGUUCGCCGUCUCUACCCGGACCCCCCCGGUGAUGACCGGAGCCUGGAUAUCCAGCAACGAGCCCUAAUCCGCGAGCAGCAGCGCAGGAUCAACAGACUAAGGAACACGGGUUCUGCAGACGAUCUCUCGCACAAGAGCAAAAACAUCGAGAAUCCCACCAAGGAUUUAGUGAGAAGCUCCCUUCUGACUUCAGAGAGUGCUUUCUUUGAACCUGAAGAGGGCACAUCCCAACGCUUGGCCAGGGAGCAGAGGAGGUUGGCAAACUGGACAGAUCCAGACAGGGAGCUGGGGAGCCCCAAGCAAUUGAUGGGCCAGACAGACUUUGACUCACCGCACUCUGAGGCCAGCCUUCGCAUGAAGGAGCACAGAAAGCAGAGGAUGACGAGGCUUCAGGAACUGAAAGACCAAGGCUGGUUGGAUGAAUUGGACACAUCCAAUGAAGAUGGUGAUCUCCCUCUGCACACUGUAGAAAUGAACUUGGAAGGGCGCCAGUCUGUGGACACGGUUGCCACAGAGCCCUGGCUGAGACCGGGUACUUCAGAGCACUUGAAACAGGUCAUGACUCGUCAGAGGCACAAGCCACCCAGCAGGAACUUGUCAAAAUCCAGCUGGGAGGACCCAUCCACUUACCCCAGCUGAGCCGCUCACCGAAGAGCCUACCUCUACUAAUCACAUAGAUGGGGUUUUUGACAGGCCCUACUGGAGUCCCACGGCUAAGUCAGGGUGACAUCUAGUGUCUCUCUACUGUGAGAUUAAUAUACACCAGUCCUCACCUUAAGAACAUAACUGGGACCAGAAGUCUGAAUGAAACUCAAAUUGUUUUUAAAUCUAAUGACUACAUUAGAAUCAAUGAGAGCUCAAUAAUACAGACAUACCUUGAUAUAUUGACUGGUAAGGUUGUGUAAAAAAAAACCUCACAUAAAACUAUAAUGAAUAAGAAUUUUCUUUUAUUCUCUCUUAGACUUAUAUUAUUUACUUACCCAUUUUCACCUGCUGCUUUGCCAGUACACUGUGGUUCAGAGGCUGUUAUGUAAACAUAGUGCAUAAGUCAGGGUAAACUGUGGACAGUUUAUUGUCUAUUUCAAAAAUAAUAAAUUAGUUAAAAGUUAACAAAUGAGUUAAAAGACAUUUAUUCUAUUUUCAACUGCUCAUCCAAUGCUGGGUGUCAGUGUUGAGAAAUCAAUCCUGCAAACUCAGGGCAUGAGACCAAAUACACUGUGGACAGGAAACCUGUUGUUGCAGGACUUUCAUCAACUUGAAACAACAUUAAAAUAGUCUAAAAUUCCUGAAAAUAUAACAUACAUCAUCUCCACAACCUCAUAUUCAAUGUGUUUUGUCUGCUUUAUACAUGCAAUUCUUCUUCCUGUGCAUUAAAUACUGGCUAUGUGUCUCAUUUUUUACUGGACACACAAAAGUUCUGAUGUUCAGGAUGGGACUGAUUCAUCACAUAAACUUGUGCAAUAUUCAUAGGCACCAAGGCACUUUCAGUUUGCAUUAUUAACUAUACAAUCAAUAAAUGCUAAAAAUAAAAAUGAA